AUGGACGCUCAGCGAUCAAACUAUAUUUGUACUCAGGAAUCUUUAGGGAAUCAUUCACUUCAGAAAAAGACAUGCACAAAUGAAAAAAAGAUUCAAGGAGGCUUUGGGUACGUCACUGUUACCGAAGACCUUAGUCAUUUACACGAUAUCAUACUCAAUAUUGAUUUAUUUGAAGAGACCGAGAGUAGUAUUCGACAUACAGUGUUAUACCCUGACGAGUUGCGCGAGAGGAGGGAGCUUCAGCUAUUGUUUCGCCUGGGUUUGGCAGCUCUCAUUCGACAUGAACAUGCACUGAAUAACCAUCUUAGUGUACACACCUGCGAGGCUCUGGUAGAUCUUAUGUAUUUUCAACUUCGGAAACGUGAAGAAGUUUGUAUUCAGGAGGUACGUGAACGGGCCAUACUUUAUGAGCUGACUUCCGGUUGGUUCUAUACACGUAGUUCAUCAAUAUUUCUAGAGGGCAGUGAUGAAACUAGGACAUUGCGGCAUUUUCACUCUUCGUUAUGGUGUGCUAAGGGCACAAGGGAAAAAGCGGAAAGUCUUGUCGCGAUAUAUAAAUCAGUAGAGAGUGAAAAAAAUCUUAUCCUGGAAGACAAAUCCUACGGAAAAAGCUAUGUAGGCAACGUAGAUAUGUUAAGGCUUAAAUCCUUUAAGGAUGACCAAACACAGGACACAGUAUCCUUCAUGAAGGGCGGUGACACCACUGUCGAGAACAAGAAUUUGAUGCAUAGUAUUUUCAACACCAACAAGAUGCUAUUCUCGUCGGGAACAGCCAUUCAUUUUAGUAAGUCAAAGACGAAUACAGGGGUGAAAGCCGGUAAAGGUUCCGUGGAAGAGUUAACGGAUGGUACUACAGUAAAUCCUAGUUUAUCUUUCAUUCAUUGUGAUAACAGUGGUGGGUGCGGUCCUUCCUUUGUAUCACCUGUCCUGACUUCCCAUGAGGGAGGAAAAGCGGCAGUCCUGUUGCAUGCUUUGCGCCAGACUGGUGAAGAUCUACAUUUGCUACGUGAUCUCCCUACCCGAAGUGAGUCAACACAAAAUUAUAAACGCCAACAUUACUUGGAAAAUAUACAGGAUAAUGAUGGAGUUUUUCAUGCUGACAGUGAUGAAGACUAUUGGAGCACAGAGGUGCUUGGCGGAUCUUCUACUUCAUCACAAAGCGCUUAUGCAUCUUGGGCCAAUGACGAAGAUGCAACGAAUUCUGAUGACGGAAAUGCCCUAACAUCUUCAGAUAACGUGGGAGGGGCCAUAGUAAACAAAGAGGAACAAUCCUCCAAUUGCCCCGUUAAGCAGUCGAGCGAUAAUUUAUUCCCCACCAAUCCAUUUCUUUAUGAAUCUCAGCACACCGAGGAGAUAAUUACCACUUCUGAAUACACACACAAAGGUAACCAUGCUUCUCAAGAAGCGCGAUCUGACGCGACAGCGUCACCGCUAUUGGAGUGUGUUGAACUGAUUACGGAUGAUUCUACCUUGCCUACGACCUCUACAAGACGGCGAACUCCCCGCCGUGAGAGGAACUGUACUUUGCCAUCUAAUUCUAAGAAUAGGGGUGUUUCUCCAACCCUCUGUGAUUCUGAUCAAUUUCACCCUCCUGCUAUGUUAGCCACCUUCGGUUCUAACGCAUGCGGAACGCAAUUAACGAAGGGCUAUAUGAAGCCCACCACCUCCUCGAUUUUUCAGAGGCGAGAUACCACACAUAUUAAGGUUUCACAGUGUUCUCCUUUUCGUAUGGUAUCCCCUUUAACUUCUGGUGCAAGUAGGGCGUCGUUUUCAAAGGGCUGUAGGCGGUUUUAUCAUACCAAGAUUAAGGUAGAAAGUCAAGAACGAGAUAACAGUGACUACCUCACCACCUCACCCAUGUUCAUAAAAUCUUUGCCCAUGGAAAGUGAUCCUGGCGCGUGGUCUCCGAUCACUUUGACUAUGCAACCCCGUAAUCCAUAUGGCUACACUCCACAGGGUCAACAAGCGCUUAAUGCAUAUCUAAUGGACAAUAUGCUUCAUCAGUGUGCAUUUACUACGACACUUCCAAAGUAUCGCAAGGCAAGCAUACCCCGUAUGGUCGGCAAUAAGGGUAGUGUAGCUCAAGCUCAACCCAGACGAAUAACUCGUACAUCCAUUUCUGAGAUAGAAGGCUCUGCAGAGAAAUGUGAGGAUGAACAAGCGAGAUAUAAAGAAGACAACUCCUUCGAGCUAUUGUGCCUUCCGGAAAAGUCUAUGGCCCAUCUUCCUGUAAAUAUACUCCGUUAUUUUUACAUGCCACAAUACAUGAAAAUGCCACAGCAUCUGUGCAGGUCAUCAGUGUCACACACCAGGGAUAUGCCCUUCAGAACAGUUGGAUUAUCGAGGCAUUCUACCAGUGCGGGAUCUUACUCCGAUGCAAUGCAUGGUUUAAGUGAAAGAGCUAUUCAACAACGUUGUGCUGCUAUAUCACUGCCUGAAGGUGGGAUUGACAGGCCAAUACGUGAUCUGCCUCAACCAUUUUGA